CCAUGGAGUUCAGCGGGGACUCUCCUCUGCCCCCUUUUCCUUGGCCGGAGGGAGACUUUGGCUUUGGCGCGUCUGCGGGAGAGAGAUCCCCAGUGUCCUUUGAGGAAGUAGCCGUGUUUUUCACGGAGGAGGAAUGGGCUCUGCUGGAUCCAGGCCAAAGAAAACUCUACUGGGAGGUGAUGGAGGAAAAUUACCACACCGUGGCCUCCCUUGUUGCAGAUAGAAGAGAGAUGGCAAGUGAGAAGGAACCGGGAAGGGUGAUGGUGGAAAGAGAGGAAGAUCUGCAUGUGGAAGCGAAAUCUGGAGACCAAUCGAUACCAAAGAGACAGUGUAGAUGGAAAAAGGGAGCAAAGCAGAAGCAGAGGAAGGAAUUUGUUGCCUGUCAGAGCAGGAAGAUGCGGGAGGCCCCAGAUAAAAUGCAGAUGAGAAAGAGAAGGCAGAAGGGUUCCAUGACGGAGAAGAUGCUUAGUUGCAAAUUAAGUCUGAAAAAAGAUCAGAACAUUACAACACGUCAGAAACGAUACAAGUGUUUGGAGCAGGGAAAGAGCGUCCUCUUCAGUAGUGAACUAACUGCACAUCAGAAGGCUCACACAAGAGAGAAGCCGUAUAAAUGCUUGGAGUGUGAAAAGAGCUUUUCUCAGAAUGGCAGCUUAUCUAAACAUCAAAAGAUUCACACAGGGAGAAAGCCAUACAAAUGCUUGGAGUGUGGAAAGAGCUUUUCUCAGAGUAACAACCUAAGUGUGCAUCAAAGGAUUCACACAGGGGAGAAGCCAUAUGAAUGCCUGGCGUGUGGAAAGAGCUUUUCUCAGAAAAGCAAUCUAACUGCUCAUCAAAGGAUUCACACAGGGGUAAAGCCGUAUAAAUGCUUGGAGUGUGGGAAGACCUUCUCUGAGUCUGGCCCCCUAACUAAACAUCAAAGGAUUCACAAAGGAGAAAAGCCAUAUAAAUGCUUGGUGUGUGGAAAGAGCUUUUCUCAGAAAAGCAAUUUAACUGUGCAUCAGAGGUUUCACACAGGGGAGAAGCCAUAUAAAUGUUUGGAUUGUGGAAAGACUUUCUCUUUGAGUACUUCUCUAACUAACCAUCAAAGGAUUCACACAGGGGAGAAACCAUAUAAAUGCUUGGAGUGUGGAAAGAGCUUCUCUGAGUCUAGUCCCCUAAGAGUACAUCAAAGGAUUCACACAGGGGAAAAGCCAUAUAAAUGCUUGGAGUGUGGAAAGAGCUUCUAUUUGAAUACCUCUCUAACUAAACAUCAAAGGAUUCACACAGGGGAAAAGCCAUAUAAAUGCCUGGAGUGUGGAAAGAGCUUCUCUGAAAUUGGUUCCCUAAAAUCACAUCAAAGGAUUCACACAGGAGAGAAGCCGUAUAAAUGCUUGGACUGUGGAAAGAGCUUUUCUCAGAGUAGCAACCUAAGUAUUCAUCAAAGGAUUCACACAGGAGAGAAGCCGUAUAAAUGCUUAGAGUGUGGAAAGACCUUUUCUCAAAAUGGCACCCUAACUAAACAUCAAAGGAUUCAUACAGGGGAGAAGCCGUAUAAAUGCUUGGAAUGUGGAAACAGCUUUUCUCAGAAUGGCAACUUAACUGCACAUCAAAGGAUUCACAUGGGAGAAGCCGUAUGAACUCUUGGGAGAGUUGAAAGAGCAGUUUUCAUAGCUGCUGUCUCACCUUACACUGCAAUAAAGCCUUCUGUUCUCAAGUAGUCUCCAGUCUUGGGGAGGGGUGCAUUUCAGGUAUAAAUCCCCUCUCUGGGUAUUCUCAAAUAAUUAGUUGAUGAAGAUGCUAAUUUUCUGCCCUUCCACCACCUCUAUGCCUGUCUGAUCAAGCGUAAUAUGUUCUGCAUCAUGCCUCUGCUUCCUAAGUCCUGUUGGCCCUUCUUUAUAAUAUUUCCUCACCUUCUGAAUGGGAGGGAAGGUGAGAUGGAUCUUUUUUCUCCUUUCUAUCAGGCAAAGGUAGCUUUUGCUCACAACAGCUUAUCCCCAGGAAAAUUUUUUUGGUUAAGGUGCUACUGGCCUUAAAUUAGUUUGACUGCUUCAGACCAACACAGGACUUUAAUCUAGAUAACCGGGUUUGAUUCCCCACUCCUCUGCUUGAAGCCAGCUGGAUGAUCUUGAGUCAGUCACAGCUCUUUUAUAGUUCUCUCAGCCCCACCUACCUCACAAGGUGAUUGUUGUGAGAAUAAUAACACCCUUUGUAAAACUUUCUGAGUGGGUGUUAAGUCGUCUCGAAGGGAGGAAUAUAAAUCAAAUGUUGUUGUUAUUAAAAGGCUGUAUCUAUCUGUGGCAGACAUACAGCCUCAGAAAAUAAUGACAGGUGCCACUAAAUUGCUCUGCCAGAUACAAAAGCAAUUGAAGAUUCUGGACCAGGCAAUCCCUUGAAAGACCUGUGCUCCUUGCCAUGGAAGAAAGCAUUUCACACGCCAGUCUUGUUUAUAUCCUACAGUGAAUGCAGGCACAAUCCUCCUAUACAAGUGUAAAGGGAUGGGGCCUAUAGACUAUAGCAGUAUGAACUCUGUGUUGUAACUAUGAUUUUUGUGAUGUAUUAUAUAUCUGGUUUAGACUUGCUUAUACCGUGUUUCAGAAUUUUAAGCUCUGUAUUGGAUAUCUGCUUGUUUUCCCAUCUUAGCAAAUAUCCAUUUGUAUAACUUAUUACAUUGUUUAUUAAAUGUUUCUGCUGUUGAUUGUAUUGAACCUU